GUCUCCCGAGGGCGUCGGGAGGGGUCGUCGGCGUCCGCAGCACUGUCGGCGGCCGCGGCGGCGGGUGGGAAAUGGCGGAGUAUUUGGCCUCCAUCUUCGGCACCGAGAAAGACAAAGUCAACUGUUCAUUUUAUUUCAAAAUUGGAGCAUGUCGUCAUGGAGACAGAUGCUCUCGGUUGCACAAUAAACCGACCUUUAGCCAGACCAUUGCCCUCUUGAACAUUUACCGUAACCCUCAAAACUCUUCCCAGUCUGCUGACGGUUUGCGCUGUGCUGUGAGCGAUGUCGAGAUGCAGGAACACUAUGAUGAGUUCUUUGAGGAGGUUUUCACGGAAAUGGAGGAGAAGUACGGGGAGGUGGAGGAGAUGAACGUCUGCGACAACCUUGGAGACCACCUUGUUGGGAACGUGUAUGUCAAGUUUCGCCGUGAAGAAGAUGCGGAAAAGGCCGUGAUUGACCUGAACAACCGCUGGUUUAAUGGCCAGCCGAUCCACGCCGAGCUCUCCCCUGUGACCGACUUCAGAGAAGCCUGCUGCCGCCAGUACGAGAUGGGGGAGUGCACGCGGGGAGGCUUCUGCAACUUCAUGCACCUGAAGCCCAUCUCUCGGGAGCUGCGGCGGGAGUUGUACGGGCGCCGCCGUAAGAAGACAUUUUCCACGGCACGCACGGCUUCCUCCUCGUCAGGUCGAGAUCAAACCUUAGUAACUGAGGAAACCGUUAAGCUGGUGACCACUAAAAUUAGGUUUGUUUACACGGUGUUUAUUCUCUGAUAUCUGGACUUCUUUACGUGCUGCCUAUUUCCACUGGGGUUUCUUGGUUUUUAUUGGCUUGGGCAGGUUUCUUUGGCUGGGGGCGGGGGCACCGCCCUGUGGACCACCAACAGUUGGGCACCAUUACGUGUCUGGUCCUGUUGCUUAAGUGCAGGUGGUCGUGUCACCAAGCAGAGAAAAGGCCAAGGUGUCAGUGUGACGAGUCUCCUCUCCUACUCUGAUCACUGAGUUCUGACCCCAGAGGGGUUCUCGUCCCUCUCCUGUCAAACAGAUAUUUGGAAAUGCAGACCAUAUUGGUGAUUGUUUCAUUGUCAACAAAAAGAAGUGUAGGAGAAAAAGAACCCUGGCCUCCCCUCACCCACGGUGGGCCCGAUGGACACCGUCGCUGAGCUGCGUACAUGGCGGGGCGGCGGCUUGGCUGGGGCGGGACCUGAAAUGGGUCAGAUGUGGGGUGAGGGGUGUGUACGUCCCGUUCACUCUGGAGUAGGGUUCCCCUGGCCGUUUGAGCUGGCGCCACAGGAGGAUGUGAUAGAGAAGGUGUCACAGCUCUUCAGUCUGCAGGUGCCCCUUUUUAUCCCUGACACUUUAACGUCCGAAACGAGGGCACAUCUUACAGCUCCAGUUGUGGCUUAAUUGGCAGCGUUUUUCUCCUUUGUUGGCCUCAUCGGCGCAAUGAGCUGCAGCGUUCAGACGUGUCCGUCCCCGUCCUGUAUGUUGCGUGCUGCAGUGUGGGUGCCACG